AUGCGUGUAAAUACGAGGAAAUGGUUAUUCGGUGGUGGGCUUUGUGUGUUCGUUUUUGUGGAACUGCAAAAACUUGAACUGAAACUGAAGACAUUGGAGAAGGAGAUCAAAAACAACGAUGCAGCAAUGAUGGAGAUGCGACAGAAGUUGAGGGCGGAACGAUUGAAAAUUAAAGAAUUUGAGAAUAUGAAGAAAAAAAUCAGCGAGGCGAGUGCUGAUGGUGGUGAGAACAAUGUGGAUAGUGCGGGUGGUGGUGCUCCAGGUGUUUUACAAUUACCGAAAAAAGCUGAGCAGAUCAGGAAAGAGCAAGAGAACGUGGCAGCGGCGAGAGAGCAUGCUGAAGAAGAAGAGCAAGCCAAAAGAGGAGUGAUUGCUGAGCCAUUGAACAACAACAACGACAACAAUCAUAUCGAUAACGAAGUACCAGUGAAGAGCGAUCGUGUCAGUAAUUCGAGAGGAGUGUUGCUGAAUCGUAAUGGACAAACACCGACGAAUAAAGGAGCAAUAGUUAAGAAAUUCUUCGCUGAUCUUGUGAUGCCUUAUGCUGAGGUGGGACAGGACAUGUGCCGAGCGAUUUCGAAUAUGUCUGCAGCUAGAAGUGACAUACAAAUGCUGGACUUGUACAACACGAUACCGUUUGAUGAUCCGGAUGGAGGUGUAUGGAAGCAAGGAUUCGAUAUAAAAUAUGAUGAGGAGAAGGUGAAACAAGAGAAGCGACUUGAGAUUAUCGUAACACCACAUUCGCACACAGACCCGGGUUGGAUAACAACAUUCGAAGGCUACUAUAACUCACAAACGAAAUAUAUCUUUGAGAAUAUGCUGCUGAGUUUGCAAUCGAUGGAACGAAUGCGUUUCAUAUACGCCGAAAUGAGUUUCUUCGAGAAGUGGUGGGCUGAGAUCAACGACGAACAGCGGGCAGCAGUGCAGCGAUUACUGCACCAGGGUCGUCUUGAGAUAGUCUCGGGUGCGUGGGUGAUGACCGAUGAGGCGAAUGCACACUACUUUGCCACCGUGAGUGAGUGGAUUGAAGGGCAUGAAUGGAUCGCGAAUCACAUCCCGGAUUAUAAGCCCAAAAAUCAUUGGUCAAUUGAUCCGUUCGGUCUCAGCUCAACGCUGGCAUUCGUCGUGUCAAAAGCGAAUCUCUCAAACGCUCUAGUGCAACGAGUACAUUAUUCAGUGAAGAAGCAUUUGGCUGAGCAGAAACAACUGGAAUUCAAAUGGCGACAGUUGUGGAGUGGCGCUGAUGCAAGCAACGAUCUGUUCACGCACGUGAUGCCUUUCUACUCGUACGACGUACCGCACACCUGUGGACCGGACCCGAAAGUUUGUUGUCAGUUCGAUUUCUGGCGUCUUUCCGGACAAGCCGCAUGUCCAUGGGGCGUACCACCCGAAGAGAUCACCGAGAGGAAUCUGGCCAGGCGGGCCGCUAUCUUAUAUGAUCAGUAUCGUAAAAAAGCGCAACUCUUUCGCAGAAACGUUUUGUUCGUUCCGUUGGGUGAUGAUUUCCGUUACGGAAGCGCUGAGGAAUGGCGUCUGCAACACGACAAUUACAUUCGUCUAUUUGAUUAUAUCAAUGCGAAGAAAGAGUGGAACGUGCAUGUGCGAUUCGGUACACUGGGCGACUACUUUGAGUUGGAUCACGCCAGGGUGGAGGAAUUCAAGGGUGAAGCGGAUGGUGAAGUACCGGUCUUGUCGGGUGAUUUCUUCACGUAUGCGGACAGAAAUGAUCACUACUGGAGUGGCUAUUACACGAGCAGACCGUUCUAUAAACGUAUGGAUCGAGUACUGCAACACUACUUGCGAAGUGCUGAAAUCAUUGUGAGUUUGGCGAUCAGUAAGGAUUCGCGUGCAGAGUCGAUCAUUCAAGAAAUGUACGGUCUUUUGGUGGAAGCACGUCGACAUAUGAGUCUAUUCCAACAUCAUGAUGGUGUAACAGGCACUGCGAAAGACGAUGUGGUCGUUGAUUAUGGUCAGAAUGAAGUGGUCGUAUUCAAUUCGCUGGCCCAGCCUCGCCACGAAGUUGUAUGCGUGCAAACGAAGCAUCUGAAGACAGAAGUGAGUCGGCCAUCAUAUCCAAAUAUCCCUGUGCCGCAACAGAUAGCACCAGUCCUUAAACGGACGUCAAGAAAUAUCGAAUUUGAAUUUGGCAAAUAUGAGCUAUGCUUCAUGGCCACCGUACCACCGUUCGGUUUUGAAGUGUACAAACUGCACUCAACACCAAAUGCGGUAGGUGGUGGCGCAUCGAAAGUAUCGUUACGAUCCAGAAAGAAAAUCACUUCGAGUGACUUUAUGACGGAGUUGAUUCAAGAGCCGUAUUUCGAUCUGGACAAUGAGUUCGUCGAGGCGCAUUUCGAUGCAACAACUGGACUGCUGAAGUCAGUGACACCGAGCGAUGGGCAUGAAGUGAGCGUUAACUUGUCGUUUGUUCAAUAUGGAGUGCGAUCGAAAAAUCCAGGGAAAUUCCAAGGAGGUGACGACUUGUCCGGUGCAUAUUUAUUCUUACCGAAUGGUCCAGCGCGAGAAAUGCGUCCUCAAAAUGGUUAUCAAUAUGUAGUUGUUGAUGGACCGAUCAUGAAGAAGACAGAUAUUUACGAUUGUUGUCAUGGUUUAUUAUUGCUUGCUAUUAGUGAUUGCUAUUGUUAUUUUGUAAUAAUAUUUCAGAUGAUUAAACGUAAACGUUUCGCGAAACUCCCGCUUCAAGCACAUUUCUAUCCGAUGCCAACGAGUGCAUUCAUUGAGGACAAUUCGAAUCGUAUGACAAUUUUCAGUGCGCAGUCGCUCGGUGUAGCGAGUCUGGAAUCAGGCUGGUUAGAAGUAAUGCUCGAUAGGCGAUUGAAUCAGGACGAUGGCCGGGGACUGUUUCAGGGUGUAACAGAUAAUAAGAUAACGCGAAGUAAAUUCCGGUUGUUGAUUGAACCGUUAGAUGUGAACAAGCGAUUGAACCGAGAGCCGGACUCAAAAUCGACAACGACUGCGUAUCAUUCAUUGGUGGGACAUUAUGUGUCGUUGCAGUUGCAAUACCCUCUGAUGAGUAUGUUCAGCAGUGCGGGGCAGAGUGAAACAAUGGCUUCGCCGACGGAUUACAAUGAGGAAAGUAACAAAAAAUAUGCACCGGCCAAAUCGAAAGCAUUGAUUUUGCAUCGUUUGGGUGCGGAAUGUGGCUCGAAGUUAAGACUGCACUCGUUUUGUUCGACGUCAGAUGGAAAGGUAAAAGUAUCGAAACUUUUCGAGGGUAAGCCAACUCGGAUCAGAGAAACAUCAUUAACACUUCUCUACGAAGGGAACAGCAACGAUAACUUCGAUGAAGUUCAAAUAAAACCAAUGGAUAUGCGCACGUUCCGAUUGGAUUUUACACGAGGAUUUUCAUAG